AAUGACAAAGUAAGUGAAAAAUUUGAGCAGGAGAUAGUGAUGGAUGAAAUCAACAUGGACAAAGUUGUGGGUGCUAGUUCCCAGAAACAUCACAAUGAGGCUGAACCUCACCCUGGUAAAAAAGAAUUGGAUUCCGAUGGCAGUGAGGUAAGUGGAGAGUCUGCAAAAGUGGUCGCUACUGAGGUCAAUGAUGUUAAACCACUUGAAAAGAAGGGAAAGAUCAUGAGAAAGAAAGCAUCAAAGGCAGCAGAAAAGGGCAAGUCUAAACCAAAAGUCAAAAGGAAUGCUGAGGAUGAGAAGACUGUGCACUCAGAGGACAUGGAAGCUGAUGUGCUUCCUGAAAUAGUUGAAAAGAAGAAAACUGGUGGAAAAAUCACUAUGGAAGGAUCUGAAGAUCCUGGUUAUGGGAAAAAUCAGACAGGAUUUGAUUCAAAGCAAGCAAGUGAUGGAAGCCAGGAAACGUCUGAAGUUCGGAGCAAUAAAGAAGAAGAUCCUGAGGUUCUUGGUGAACAAAAAAUUGAGAGCUGUGAAGCUGUAAGAGAUAAAGUGGAGCCAGGAGACAAGGAUAAUUGGGAAGAAGGAAGAGAGGUGAAUAACACAAGUUUGGCAAACCAAGAAACUGUCUCAGAUGGAGGGCAUGAUGCAAAGUCUUCAGAUUCACAGCCGGUAUCAGAUGCCCAAACCAAUGAGGAGGAGAGUCGGGCUAAUGUGGAAAGCCUUGAAAUUCCUGUCAAAAGGAUGCGAUCAAGGGCCAAAUUUAGGUAAAUGCUCCUGUAUUUGAACUAAUGAGUUAGUUUCGAACUAACAGUUCUGUUUCUGUGCCUUCUGUUUAUGUUUACCUUAAAACUUGUGGCAGGAAGUGAAGUGCUGGUCGACUGAAAGGAGCUUUCACCUUCCUGAUUAGGUGACUGUUGUUUUUUGCAUAGACGUGUUUGGAGCCUCAACGGGAAUCAGUUGCCUGCGAUAUUUCAAUUAAUACUGAAAAGUAAAUUUAGGAAUUAUACUCCAUUAUUCCAACUGUUGGGAUAUCAGUGAAUUUUUUUACCCUUUUUUUGGUAGGUAUACCUGUGAGCAUUAUGGUGCAUGAAACUCCAUCCUAUUUUGGAUUGCCUGUUGUCUCUUCAUUUUCUGUUAUUGCUCCAAAUUGCCUGGUCAUGGAUACUGAUUACUGAUACCUAUGUCAUUUUCCAUUAAUGUACAAAUGGGAUUUUACUCUCUCUC